UCAGUGUCACUUGAGUUAUCAGUAAUUUUUGUUUGUAUCAAUAAUUUUGAAAAAACAUAGAAAUUUGAAUUUAACAUAAAAACACUAAUAGUAAUAGUUUAUUCGUUAUAAAUAAAAUGAGUGACCCAUUUAUUUGGACACCGAAGCUUACAAAGCAGCUAUUUGAAUUGCGAUUUAAAAAUGAAUGGCUAUUUAAAAAUAAAAGGCAACCAUGGCAUGAGUUCAGAGAAAUUCUGACAGAAAAUGGAUUUCCCGAGGAAAUUACAUUAAAUCAUAUUAGAAAGAAGUGGACUUAUACCUAUGAUAGAUAUAAAAUUGCUAAAAAGAUGAAGAACAAAAAGUGGAAGUACUACAAAAUGUUUGACAAACAUUUUGGUAAAACUGAAGUGCUAGAUAAAUAUUAUGAGACCUGGAAUGAUGAAUGGCGCACGCGCUUAAUAACUUGUGUAACCGAAGCCAAAGCACUCAAUCUUGAUAUGUAUACAAUGUGGAAACAUGUUGAAAAGUCGCUGCGCUGCCUAGAUUUACCCAGUGACUGCUGCAUCCAAGACAUCAAGAGUCUCUGGCAACACCUCAAGAGUACCUUCAAUAGAAAACACCGCUUCCGGUUCCGAAAAGGCGCUUCCAUAGACACGACAGAGUGGCCUCUGUACGACGCCAUGUUGAGUCACUACUCGAGGUUUGAACCGGAGUUGCUGCGGCGGCUGGAGAUAGAGGGCAUCGCGGGGACGGCGCGGGGGCGGCGGCCGCGCGGGGCGGGGGCGCGCCCGGCUGGUGAAUGUAAAGAGGAUGACGAGGAGUUUCAGUGGUCCAAAGAUAUUACAGAAACAUUUAUACAGAUACGGUUACAGCAUGACUGGCUGUUCAGAGAAAAGAAAUGGGCUUGGAAUGAUAUGCAAGCCAUCAUGGUAAAAGAGUAUGGGUUCCCCAAAACUUUAAGCGGCAGGGAACUCGGUAAGAAAUGGACAUCCACUUUUUCUGACUACCAGAAAGCUAUAGCUACAAAUAACACGUCGUGGUUGUACUACAAUCUGUUCGAGUGCUACCUCGGCGAGGGCAGUUUCAGUAUAAAUCCUCUCUCAGGAUGGAAAGAAGAGUGGGUGUCCCGGCUGAUCGCGGCGCGCGCGGCGCUGGAGCCGGCCUUCCACCAGCCGCGGAGCUGCCACGCCGAGAGGCACGGCUGGAGGGAAGUUGAAAAGAGACUGAGGGGUGAGGGGCUGCCGAUAGACCAUAGUUUAUUCGACAUUCCGGAAAUAUGGACUCACCUUCUAAAAACAUACAGGUGGAAACGAAAAUUCGCCGAUCGUGGUAUGCUAACAGAACAGUGGCCAUACUACGAAGCUAUGACGUCAUACACCGAUCUACUCAAAACUUUCAAACUACCAGAGACCAAACCUAAAAUUAAGAAACCUCGCUACAUCGGGGCUAACGCUAUUGAUGAUCACUUUGAUGAUGCGGCGGCGGUUGAUGAUGAUUUUGAUGAUGAUUUGAAGCUGUUUGAUUUGAAGAAGAAGCUAGAACUGAAGCCCAAGGUGGAAGCAGCUGACGUCUCGUCGUGUCGCGCGUGCAAUGUGGAGGAGGGGUCCUAUCAUGUGUUCGAGGCGUGUGACGAUGAGGGAGUGAGCCUGGCGCACAAGCUGAGGGUCAUCGCUGGAGUUGAGAUCGAUGUACUGGACGCUUUACCAAAACAAAUCUGCUUCAACUGUUUAAAAGAGUUGGAAAACUCGUACAGUUUUAGACGAAAAUGUCAGGACGCUGACAAAGAGCUUCGCAAUAUAGACAGUAACAAUAUAGCCCGUAAGGAUAUCAAAAUAGAGUUGAAACUGGACGAGGAAGGCGCACUUCGACUGACGGCCGACGACGCAGACAAGUCAGACUUCCACGACUUCGACGCAGGCGAAGGCGCCAACGAAAAUGACGCUUACAACGAGCUAGAACCCCUACUGAAAAAGGAGAAAAAGCGACGGAUAUUCAAGAAGAAGCGAAAACAACCAAAAACCCCUUACGAGUACAGCAAAAUGUGCGAGAUUUGCGGCAAGAAGACUCGCAACCUGAAGAGCCACCUCGACAUGCACGCCACGGGCAAGGCCUACCGCUGCGACGUGUGCGACAAGCGCUUCCAGUUCAAGAGCGGCCUCACCAUACACAAAGCCGUGCACAACCCCACGCCAAAGAAGACGUGCGAAGUGUGCGGAAAGACGUUCCACAUACUGGCUCAGUACAGGAGGCAUUUCGUGUACCACGCCAACGAGCGCAGGCACGCGUGUGAAACUUGCGGAAAAAGAUUCAACACUAUAGAGAUACUGAAGGUGCACCUGCGUAUGCACACUGAUGAACGGCCCUUCGCCUGCGACGAGUGUGGGAAGACCUUCCGCACCGCCGGCUGUGUCAGCAGGCAUCGCAGGAUCGUGCACAAGAAGAAGUGUAAAAGUAAUAAUAAUAGUACAAGUGAUAAAGAUACCUACAUAAUGAUCGAGAUAGAACCUUGUAUUGUAACAGGACCAGGGAAGGUCCUAGCAGCACCAGUACAAGGAGGUUACUGCCCCGCGCUCCGACCUUUACGCACGCAUUACGAGCAAGCACGGCCGGCAGAGAAAAUUAAUGUUCUGAGGAAUGCCCGAGUGUGGUGCCUCGUGGCGGCGCUCGCGCUAAUGCCGGCGCCGCGGGCGGAGGCGCGGAACGUCACCCACGAGGACAUCCGCGACGCGAUGCUGUCGCUGAUUCACAUGUUCCGCACCUCGGAGGACAAGCUGGAGCGCCACGAGUACCGCGAGAAGGCGCUCGGAGACCAGCUCAAGAAGACCCUCGUGGGCCUCGAGAAGAAGCAUCGGGCGCUCGAGCCGCUGAAGGGCAUGAUAUCGCGGCUGGACGAAAGGCUGUCGAAUGUCGAGACUAUUUUGCUGCAGAAAGAAGAGCGUGAAAAGACCAUCCAGAAGCAGACGAACGACGCGUUGGCCGCAAUCCAGAAGUCGCUGCAAGCGCUGACGUCCGGCGGCGGCGCACCGGCGGGCGUGGACAACAACCUCACCACCAACGACGGACCCCUGCACGUCCGUCUCGACGGCACCGACACCAAGAUCGACGCGCUGAGCAACGAAAUCAAACAAUUGAAAAACACUUUGAGCAAGGAGUCCCUCCGCGCGAUGUGUCUAGAAGUGGGCUCGGACGUGAACCCUCUGGAGAAGCACAUCAGCGAGGCGGAGAAGCUCCUCAACAAGUACUCACUGAAGCUCAGUGAGUACAACGUGAGUGCGCCCACCGACUUCGUGCCGCUGAGCGAUGUUUCGCUGGCUGACGAGGCCUGGCACUCCAAGAUGACGGAGGUAAUGGAGCGUCAAGAAGGUGAGAUCAAGAAGAUCCAGCACCUGCUGUCGGACGCCGAGGGGCUGUGGAAGGAGCUGCCCCGAGCCACCGACCUGCACGCCGCCACCAACCAGACGCUGGCCGCGCUGCAAGACACCAAGGAGGCCAUACGGACCAAUGAGGAACAGUCGGUGACGACGAUGGCGACGAAGCUGCGCGAGAUGGGCGACCGGCUGGUGGCCACCAACGAGGACAUCCAGCGCAGCCUCACGCAGGGCAACACCAUGAGCGAGCGCGCCUACAACGACAUCACCAAGAGCUACGACUCCUUGAGGACUGAGGUGCAAACGCUGUCCAAGAACGAGCACGUGAUGCUUCAAACAGCCGACAACGUGAUCGCGACCAAGAAGCGCGUGGAGUACGGCGUGCACCAGAUCCUGCUGGAGGUGGGCGAGCUGGUCAAGGCGCACGGGAAGACGCUCAACUCCACCAUACACGACAGGUUCGACAACAUAGAAACCACAAUCAUCGAGAACCAGACGGGCGCGCUCACGAACCUCAGCUCCAAGAUCGAGUCGGAGAUGUCGCAGGUGUGGCGGCAGAUCGGCAUCAUGUACCAGCAGCUCACCGUCAGCAAGGUCUCGCUGGACAAGCUCGCGGAACAAACCGAGCAAUAUGUGAAUGGUAGUGCUAACACAAUGGAUAGCAUGAAGGACAAGGUGGGUCUAAUAACAACUCGCAUGUCGGAGGUGGACGAGAACCUCAACUACCUUCUGGGCCGCCUGUCGCUGGUCACGCAGGAGUUCAACCAGAUCAAGACGGGCCUGGGCGCCGCGCUCGACCAGGUCAAGACCUCCUUCCUCACCGUGCAGGCCAAGUUGGAAGACGCUGGCCCAGGCCCGCAUAACAUCACGAGUGCAGAAAAGGGCGUCUAGGUUUAAGAAGCGGAGCUAGGUAAUUUACCAAAUAGUUAAGCCUAAGUUAGCCUUAAUUAAGUUUAAGUUCUUACCGCGUUUAACUAGGAUUAUAAUGUAACUUGACUGACAAUUAGGUUUUUACAUACGUAGAAAAAUAAAACACGAUAAUAACUUUUGCAAAUAUUUAAUCUCUUUUAUAAUUGUGGAUCUAUAUGUAUGCAUAUAUUUAUAAUGUACACGUAUUGUAUGAUACAAACAUUUUAUUGUGACUGGUUUCCUGUCGUUUCUCUUACGAAGUGAACGGAAAAUAACCAACAAUUAUAUGGUUUUACAACUGA